AUGCCUAAACAUAAAACUGUCCGCCCCCGUAUAUACAGAGAUAAAAAUGGAUUAAUCUCUAGUAUUUUAGUUAGAGGAAACAUAACUGCAAGCUUCAAAUUUUAUAAAAAAAAUAUUCUCAAAAAAUCAGAUAAACAAAUAGUAGCAAGUGCCGCCACAGUCAUAUUACAAACUUCCGAAGAAAAAACGAACGCUGUAACUUUUAAACUCGAGAAUGUAACAUACAACAAAUUACGCAAGAAUUUAACAAGAUUAACAGCUACAAGAGGAACAAUUGAAUCCCACUUUCAUAAAACCAUAGAAAAAAUGGAAAACCUGACUAUAGAUUUAGAACUUAAACAUUAG